UACGCAGUAUCUGUGGUCAUCACUGCCUGGAUAUCCACAGAUGUUGCGCAAAACUCUACAAGCAUCAAUUCUCGGCUAAAUAUACACUCAGGAAAAUCACUGAAUUCAAAAUGGAUGAGAAAGACGCACCAAGUGAAGACACACCAGUACUUAAAGGAUCUGACAUUAAAUUGGAUUCCAUAUCAGAUUCACAAGAAUCACUACGAAAUGACAAUUUACAUGACAUGGAACCACUUAGUUACUUGAAUCUAAUUCUACUUAACAUAACAUGGUUUGGAACCAAUUUGAUGUAUUUAGUACUUUGUGUUGUUGUUGUUCCAGCACAGAUACAUGCUAUGGUUGGUGAAGCAGCAAAGGGUAGAUGGCUAGGAGGAAUUGUAGCAUGCGAGCCGAUUGAUUUGGUUGAGAAGCGAUGCUCACCGUACAGUAACCAAACUUACCCUGUUGUGUCUCUGGAGGCACCCAAGAUUGAAAAUGCUGACCAAUCCGCAGCCAGUGGACUUGUUUCUGAUCCAGAGGUUUCCUUGGCAACCACAUUUGGAGAAGUUAAAACUGGUAAUAUUGGUUCUACUUCAGGCAUGAUGGGUUUCAUGAUACUCCUUGGUAACAUUUCGGGGGCCGUCAUUGGAAUAUUCUUUGGGACCAUUGGUGUGCUGGGUAUUUAUAUUUUUGUCUCCAGUGUCCUGGUUGUGACUGUACUAAUUACUGUGAUUACAACCACAGAGGAACUUGGUAAAACAACGCAUGAACCAUUAAAACCAUGGUGUGCGACUAUAUUGAACCAUUCAGACAAAGAGAUUUCUGUUGGGUAUUCUUUACACGAUUUCUAA